AUGAACCAGAUGGACGUACCCCGCGGGACUCCCGAGUCGAGCGACGCUGAUCAGGAGCGACCACCAGGCUCACCGGGACCCGGAGCGUGCUCCUCGACUGCUCGGAGCGCAUCACACGGCACUGCUGGUGCAGUUCGCGUUCUGCUCAAGACACCCAACAUCGUAUCUGACGCAGCGGGGCGCUCCUAUGUAUUGUCGGUUGAGCCCGAGUCAACUGUCGGGGACCUGAAGCGUCGAGUGCACCUGGAGCAUCCUUUUCAUCCUGCACCAGAGCAGCAGAGACUCGUUUACGGAGGUCGUCUAUUGCAGGACGGAGAGUGUAUUCGAGAAAUAGUCGGUAUGUCACGAGCAGUUGUCGGGGAGCUUGGCGACGACGCCCGAGCAUCUUCUUGCGUAGGGAGCAACGGUACGGAGACCGGUGAAAGCGCCUCGCCCCCGCUGUUCGCGGUAUUUCAUCUCGUGGUGACUAGUGAGCGCGGGCUAACGUCAGCCGAGCGCUCCACAGGGAUAACGCGGGAUGCAGUCGUUAGCGGGCAACAGCUGGAGAGCCUUGCUAGCAUCGAGGUGAAUUCUGCGCCAAGCACAAACUCUGGUGAAGUCUUAACAUUUAGCGACGCUAGUCGCGAACGCCUGGGUUCUGUUUCUGAUGCGGAGCGCUCACCGGCGCUUUCCGCUGUAGCUGCUGGUAGACAGGAGGGAUCCUCGGAUGCGGCGCUCUUCGACGAAGCUUGGGCCUUGGACGAGGGUCAGUCGCAACCUCAGUCGCAGCAGCAACGCGCGCUCGAUGCAGACUCCGCAACAACUCCAGCGACAGCGUGGCGCGCUCUGUCGAACGCCACUGCUGAGCAGGAGACCAGACAACCUUCUGAAGAACAGCACAACGGGACUGAGCACUCGCGGAAUCUGCAGCAUAGGCUCGACGCUGCAAGGGCGUCGACGAACGCGGAGCAGGCGAGCCUGCAUGUGCGGCUUGAUGAGCAGACACUCCAGCUAGUACAGGCAUAUGCGCGAAUGCUUCGAGCAUACGAGGAGUACAACCGGUGCUUAACAGAGUAUUACGCGACGCAUGAGGCAGGCGGGGUACCGCCGUCGUAUCUGCUGGCGAAUCACAGCCAAUCGAGUGGUCUUUCUGCCUCCAGCGGCCAUGGGACGGGCGCUGCGGCACGCUCAUCGAUAUCGAGGAGCGCUUUGGAAGCUGCUGAACGUCACCAGCUUCCGGGAAAUAUGCUCCGUGCUGGUGCAGCUGGAGCGAUACCCGUUCGGAUGAUUGCCAUUCGUGUUCGGAUGCCGGCACUUGACUGGGCACUGGUCUCCAAACUGACGUUUAUGGUGAUUCUCCUUAGCCAGGAUGGUGGACGAGAUCGCCUGUUGCUCCUUAUUGGGUUGGCGGUCCUGAUCUACCUCUUUCAAACGGGUGCGCUGGGUCCGCUUCGACGCUAUGUCGAGUCGCUAUCGAGCCAACUCUGGGCUCGAAUGCAGAUGCAAACGCUUGUUCCAGCAACUGGUGAAAGUGGAGCGCGACCGGUGCCCAGGAAUUCCUCAUCCGCCUCUGGACGAGACGCAUCCUUCGAAGCGGCGGCGACUUCAAGGCAGGAACCGCUGUCUACCAGAGUGCUGCGCUUCCUGCGAGGCCUCUAUCUGGUGAUUAUCGCUUUUGUUUGCUCGUUGAUUCCAACAUGGCGACCGCCGCCGCGACGAUGA